GUUCUACAGUUAACAAACUCUGUGUUGAGAGAUCAUGGCUUACUCUACUGUAGAAAAGGGAUAUCCCAAUACUGAGAGCUACAGAGUGUUCUUCAGUGAGUUUUGUUUUAAAUUAACUUUUACCAAGUAUUUAGGGUUACAUAGCUACAUGCCAGUGACUAGAUCUAAGUAUUUACGUUAUAUAGCUACAUGCCAGUGACUAAGUAUUCAUGUUACAUAGCUACAUCCCGGUGACUAAGUAUUUAGGUUUGAUAUUCUACAUCCCAGUGACUAAGUAUUCAGGUUACAUUAUAGCUACAUGCCGGUUACUCUAUAUCGUAUGAAGUUAGUUGGGUCUGGUUAUAAACAUACUGGCUGGCUAUAUCGCAUCAAGUUAGGGUUUAUUUAUAAACAUACUGGAUGGCUUUAUCGCAUAUACUGGAUAGCUAUAGCCAUAUCGUAUCAAGUUGCUGGGGUUGGGGGGGGGGUCGGUUAUAAAUAUCCUCAGUAUAUUGGCGGACACCCAUAUCUUGUGAAAGAAGACCAAUUAAAGAUGUACUCACUAAAUUAGAUUUUGCUAUUUGAACCUGGCAGCCAGAGUUAAAUCGUUAUAAAUCAGCCGUUCUCAACCUGUGGGUCGCGACCCCUUUGGUGGUCGAAUGACCCUUUCAGAGGGUCGCCUGAGACCAUCGGAAAACACACAUACCCAACAGUUAUGAAGCAGCAACGAUAACAAUUUUGUGGUUAAGGGUCGCCACAACACGAGGCUCUGCGUAAAAGGGUCGCGGGAUUAGAAAGGUUGAGAGCCACUGCUAUAAAUGGUGAAGAAACUGCUUUCGAGUCGGUGGCAUGCGAGAUGCGUCCAAUCAGAAGGCCAUAACGCGUGUAGCACUAUGUUCAUAGUACAGCCGGCACUACUCAUGAGUAAUUGUAUGUCCUCAUAAAUCUGCUUGCCCUGGAGUUGUAAUGGAACACUUUGGACGAAUUAAAUUAUAAUUUAUUCACAGCUAAACGUUAAUGGGUAACUUGAUAUGCUCGUGUUUUAAUUAGUGUUUUAAAACGAACAGCGGGCCCAGAGCUAGGCUCUACAUUUGACGGAAACCUUUGUGAAUGAUGGAGGGAAUGAUGGAGACCUUUGUGAAUGAUGGAGACCUUUGUGAAUGAUGGAGGGAAUGAUGGAGACCUUUGUGAAUGAUGGAGACCUUUGUGAAUGCUGGAGACCUUUGUGAAUGAUGGGAGACCUUUGUGAAGUAGACCGAUUCAAACCUACGUCCGACCCGGUUGUUGGACGGCCGCUAUAUGAAGUGAACUUCACGGUCAGCCAUUAGGUUGAAUCUUAGCUUAGCUAAGGGGUUUGGAGUUGAGGAAGGGUGUAGGUGGCAAUAAUUUUGUUCUGUAUUAGUCUGUACAUCCAACUAAUGGGUUAUAGCCCUUGACUGUGCAUCCAACUAAUGGGUUAUAGCCCUUGACUGUGCAUCCAACUAAUGGGUUAUAGCCCUUGACUGUGCAUCCAACUAAUGGGUUAUAGCCCUUGACUGUACAUCCAAAUAAUGGGUUAUAGCCCUUGACUGGGCACCCAACUAAUGGGUUAUACCCCCUUGAUUGUACAUCCAACUAAUGGGUUAUACCCCCUUGACUGUACAUCCAACUAAUGGAUUAUACCCCUUAACUGUACAUCCAACUAAUGGUUUAUACCCCUUGACUGUACAUCCAACUAAUGGGUUAUACCCCUUGACUGUACAUCCAACUAAUGGGUUAUACCCCUUGACUGUACAUCCAACUAAUGGGUUAUACCCCUUGACUGCACAUCCAAUAAAAAUGUGUACUCCUGGACACUUGUCUCUCAGCGUCCAGCAAAUAAAUGGAUUACCAGACUUGUCUCAUGUUGACAACGUAAUGUCCAUACAAUUGACUUGGUUAUUCUGAAUGACUUGUUUCACCCCAAGAUCGCUCAAGUGGUGAUGAUACGAUUGUCGAAGAGUUACAGAAAUUAGGUUUAAAUUCUGCUGGGGACACAAGCAGACAAGUCUCAGGCAACAAUGAAGGUAACAUCCAUGACGUCACUUUAACAUCAAACCCCCCCCCCUCCCCAUUUAAAAAAAAAUAGAACUAAACCCACUAUCUUGAACAUGACCUCCCUCACUUGAACAUCACCUAUAACAUCAUUUCAACAUUUCUUCUCGUUUGAACAUUACCUCCUCAUUGGAGCAGAUUCCUAGACCUGGUUCAAAACUAUAAAGCAGGGGUUCUUAACCUCUUAUUGUUCCAUGUACCCUUUAGAGCCAGUCACAUGAAGGCGACGGUCCCUUUAUUAUAAUUUAGUUUUUAAAUACAAAUGAUCACUAAUAUUACAAAAGGAAAUAAAUCUGAAUGACCCCUGACACUAAGUGUCCGUGUUCCAUAAAUUAAGAACCCCUGCCAUGAAGGUAUGCCAUCCUCCAACCAUGAAAUAUUCGGACUGGUCGAUGCUGCUGGCCAAUAUGUGAGUGAAAGUAUUAUAUUUUAGUAUUUUCAAAUAAAUGUAAUCUGGUUCAUCUUCUACAGGCUCACCCGGUAAUGGCUCAUCUUGUAAUGGCUCCUUACUGAAAUGUCUUAUCUUUUAAUGGCUCAACUUGUAAUGGUUCAUCUUCUAAUGGCUCAUCUUUUAAUGCCUCAUCUUGCACUGGCUCAUCUUAUAAUAUAUCAUCUUGUAAUGGCUCAUCUUCUAAUGGCUCAUUUUCUAAUGGCUCAUCUUGUAAUGGCUCAUCUUGUAAUAAUCAAGUCUAAAAUUCAUUGUUAACAAAUCGAGUUAUCCAAACUUGACCUAUUUUUUUUAAAAAAAAAGAAGAAACUAAUUGAGACAGACGCUAUACAUAAUUGAGCUUUUCUCUAUUCUCUCCUUCAUUUGUCUUGCACACCUUAAUGUCAUAAAGUCUUCUAUUGCAGAGAAUCCUGAUGGAAUCGCCAUAUCACCGUUCCAUGAUAUUCCACUUGUGGCCGAUGCACAGAACACAAUUUUCAACAUGGUUGUGGAGAUCCCCAGAUGGACUAACGCCAAAAUGGAGGUGAUAUUUUGGUUAGACAAGAGGUUCUCACAUCAUUUCUAGAUUCCAUAUAAUUUUAACAUUGAAAAAAUAUCUCGCUAUUAAAAAGGACCACAGACAUCGCUAUAAUUUUUUCAGAGUUUUUUUUUUUUUUUUUUUCAUAGCAGUUUUCAGGAAAAGGAAAAUAUUAAAAGGUUAUUUUUUUUUUUAUGUUUUUUUUUUUAUUUUAUAUGUCUGUAUAUACUCUAUUAAAAGUAUGUGGAUAUUUGUCUUUUUGUAAGUGUGGGUUAUAUAUAUAUAUAUAUAUAUAUAUAUAUAUAUAUAUAUAUGUGUGUGUGUGUGUGUGUGUGUGUGUGUUUGUUCUAGUUUCGACCAGGUUAGUGUGAUCACAGUGAUUCAUUAUUAUUAUUUUAUUUUAUUUUAUUUAUUACUUUAAAAAUUCCAAGAAAAUGUUAUUUCCAAGCAAUUCAAAAUGGGAAUUCCCCCGAAUCGUACGUCAUGAUUUAUUUUUUUUUUUUAAAUCUAAUUCAUGUGCCCGAAACCUUCAGGAAGUGCAGUUGAUAAAAGCGCUACACGCGCAAGUUUCUUCGUGUCGAGUUAUUUAAUCUUUUGGUAUGUUCGCGUGUGUGUCUGUGUGUGUCAGUGAGUGUGUGUCUGUGGUGUGUCUGUGCUGCUGUGCACCGAGACCGCUCAGUGUGGUAUAAGUAAGAUAAGUUGGGAGUGAAAAUGAUUUUUAAAAAAAAAAUUAUAAACACAAUGUCUCAAUAAAUAUUCGCUGGUGAACACAACACAAUAGAACAAGUUAAUGUAAUGGAAAGGUUGAACAGAAACACUACGCCAUGAAAACAAUAUUAGUGUACGUUUCACUGGAAUAAUAGAAACAAGGGAAGGCCAUAACAACCAAUCACUGUCGUCAACCAAUACAUGGGUCAAAUCUAGUUGAUAUAUACUGUGUCAGGAAAAGUGGACAGAUCCUGUGUUACGUGAAGUGGACAUACCCUGGACCCUGGGUCAGACAUUGAAAUGUGUUAUUGUAUUUUAUUUUUUAGAUCAAUAAGGAAGAAAAAUUGAAUCCAAUCAAGCAGGAUGUGAAGAACGGGAAAUUGAGAUUUGUUAAAAACGUCUUUCCUUACCAUGGCUACAUGUGGAACUACGGUGCCUUACCACAGGUAAUACAUGUUCAUAAACAAUCGCUUUUCUUACCAUGGCUACAUGUGGAACUACGGUGCCUUACCACAGGUAAUACAUGUUCAUAAACAAUCGCUUUUCUUACCAUGGCUACAUGUGGAACUACGGUGCCUUACCACAGGUAAUACAUGUUCAUAAACAAUCGCUUUUCUUACCAUGGCUACAUGUGGAACUACGGUGCCUUACCACAGGUAAUACAUGUUCAUAAACAAUCGCUUUUCUUACCAUGGCUACAUGUGGAACUACGGUGCCUUACCACAGGUAAUACAUGUUCAUAAACAAUCGCUUUUCUUACCAUGGCUACAUGUGGAACUACGGUGCCUUACCACAGGUAAUACAUGUUCAUAAACAAUCGCUUUUCUUACCAGGGCUACAUGUGGAACUACGGUGCCUUACCACAGGUAAUACAUGUUCAUAAACAAUCGCUUUUCUUACCAUGGCUACAUGUGGAACUACGGUGCCUUACCACAGGUAAUACAUGUUCAUAAACAAUCGCUUUUCUUACCAGGGCUACAUGUGGAACUACGGUGCCUUACCACAGGUAAUACAUGUUCAUAAACAAUCGCUUUUCUUACCAGGGCUACACGUGGAGAUAUGGUGCCUUACCACAGGUAAUACAUGUUCAUAAAAAAAUCACUUUUCUUACCAUGGCUACAUGCGAAGCUACGGUGCCUUACCACAGGUAAUACAUGUUCAUAAACAAUCCCUUUUCUUACCAGGGCUACACGUGGAGAUAUGGUGCCUUACCACAGGUAAUACAUGUUCAUAAAAAAAUCACUUUUCUUACCAUGGCUACAUGCGAAGCUACGGCUACUUACCACAGGUAAUACCUGUUCAUAAACAAUCACUUCUCUUACUUACUACAGGUAAUACCUGUUCAUAAACAAUCACUUCUCUUACUUACCACAGGUAAUACAUGUUCAUAAACAAUCACUUAUCUUACUUACCACAGGUAAUACAUGUUCACAAACAAUCACUUUUCUUACUUACCACAGGUAAUACAUGUUCAUAAACAAUCACUUCUCUUACUUACCACAGGUAAUACCUGUUCAUAAACAAUCACUUCUCUUACUUACCAUAGGUAAUACAUGUUCAUAAACAAUCACUUCUCUUACUUACCAUAGGUAAUACAUGUUCAUAAACAAUCACUUCUCUUACUUACCACAGGUAAUACAUGUUCAUAAACAAUCACUUCUCUUACUUACCAUCCUCCGUUUCUUCUCUAAUAAAAUAUAUUUAAAGGAAAUCAAUCCUAAAGAGACUUAAAGGUUCUCAUACUUUUAUGCAGACAACUGAUUGGAGAAAUUAUACAUUGCAUGUCACCAGUGGCGUGGCUAGGGCCAAUAUUUUUUUAACCCCCCCCCCCCCACCCCCAAACUUUCCACACAAAAAAUAUUCAGUUGGCCGAAAUUUCCGCCCCUCCCAUAUAAAAAAAUAUAUUUUCCACCCGGGGCGAUAGACCACCCUCCUCUUCACUCCUUUCCUACGCCCCUGCAUGUCACAGUCGUCAUCUUCUGCGAGCUUCUUUCCCCUGCGACCACUUGCAAUUUCUGUUCUCCCGUCGCCAGACCGAGAGCCCCCAGAAUAUUUCGGUCUGGUGUUGUGUUUAGAUUGCGUUGAGGUGAUGUGUCCCCUGUCACGGUGUUAAUUUGACCCGCCAUUUCAUUGGACCACAGAGUAAACAGCGGAUGAACCUCUUUAUAUUCAAAUAAACAGAUUUGUUUGUCAACUUAUUUAUUGAUUGGUCAAUUUAUUUAUUUUUUCUUUAAAUUUUGAAAGCUGACACCCUUUGUUGUUUUUUUUUUGGUCCCAUUUUUUUUCAGACGUUUGAGGACCCCGCUCAUAUCACACCGGAAACUGGGACGAAGGGAGAUUCAGACCCAAUUGAUGUUUGUGAGAUCGGUCACAAGGUAGAUACACUAAACAGAUAGACCAUUUAAACACAUAGACCGUUUAAACACGUACAUGACCUAUCAUUUAAAUACAUAGACCAUUAAACACAGACAUUUAAACACAUUAUACGUUUAAACACAUGGACCAUUUAAACACAUAGACCAUUUAAGCGUGUUUUCUUAUGGCUUAGUUAAUGCUGAGCAUAGCUUCAUUGAUAGAACAUAUUUGAACGUAUUUUUCGUUCAUUAUUGAACGUGUUCUGGAUACAAACAAACUGGGAAAGAUUGAAAAAUUGAUUUGAGUUGUUAAAAACUGGGCUUGAAAAAAAUAAAGCAUAAAAUAAUUGUUUUUUUUUUUUAAUCUAAGGUCCACCCCAGGGGUUCAGUUAUUCAAGUGAAGAUUCUUGGAGCUAUGUGCCUCAUUGAUGAAGGUAAUGUGUAAUGGGGCAUAGGAACGGGGUGUGGAAGGGGGGUGCGGUCCGCCAUGGGUGGCAGAUUUUCUCUUUACAUUGAGGGCGUGUCAUUUUCGACCAAUCGCAGUUUUUUUUUGGUCCUGAAGUUUGGCGGCAAAAAUCUUGGCUCAAACCGUUGCACCAAUCCCAGCUACGCCCCUGUUGUGAGUUUGGCACCUUUUUAAAAAAUGAGUGAGGGCUACGGUCUGAGGCCAUCUUGCUUAGGGCUACUGGCUGAGGCCAUCUUGCUUAGGGCUACGGAAUGAGGCCAUCUUGCUUAGGGCUACGGGCUGAGGCCAUCUUGCUUAGGGCUUCGGGCUGAGGCCAUCUUGCUUAGGGCUAAGGGCUGAGGCCAUCUUGCUUAGGGCUAAGGGCUGAGGCCAUCUUGCUUAGGGCUAAGGGCUGAGGCCAUCUUGCUUAGGGCUAAGGGCUGAGGCCAUCUUGCUUAGGGCUAGGGGCUGGGGCCAUCUUGCUUAGGGCUAAGGGCUGAGGCCAUCUACAUUCUGUAUAGGGCAGCGCUUUUUUUUUUUUUUUUUACUAAUCCUCCUCUUUACAGGCGGUCAUGACCUGCUAAUGUAGAAUUGUUUUAUUUGACAUUCACCAGGGGAAACAGAUUGGAAAGUUCUAGCUAUUGAUGCCACAGAUCCACUAGCUCCCAAACUCAAUGGUCAGUUCAAGUGGUCCACUGUUGUAUUUAAGUAACACCGGAUUAUAAGACAAUAAAGAACCAGCUGUCAUGCAACUAAUUCGGUUUAUGAAACAUUUGCAUACCUUAAUAUUAUUUUUCAUAUGCCCUAAAUUCUAAAUUAUACUGUUAAUAAAAUCAAAGAUUUCAGAGUAUCACUUGUCUUUGGCAAUUAAAUAUAAAUGAUAAAAAAUUGAUGGAAAAUGCUUUCCAUUUAUACACACACAUUUUUUAAAAUGAUCUAUAAAGUAGUUCUACAUUUAAAGUAUCGUUUUCUGCUCACAGAUGUUUCCGAUAUUGAGAUCCACUGUCCUGGUCUAAUAAAGGUAUGGUCAUGAUACCAAUACUAUAUGCCAUAGUUACUGCUGGGCACCAAAUCUAAUACCAUCUCGGAGUUACUGUAGGGCACCACAAUCUAAUAUUAUGUUGUAGUUACUGUAGGGCACCAAAUCUAAUAUUAUGUUGCAGUUACUGUAGGGCACCAAAUCUAAUAUUAUGUUGUAGUUACUGUAGGGCACCAAAUCUAAUACCAUCUCGUAGUUACUGUAGGGCACCUAAUCUAAUAUUAUGUUGUAGUUAUUGUAGGGCACCAAAUCUAAUACCAUCUCGUAGUUACUGUAGGGCACCAAAUCUAAUAUUAUGUUGUAGUUACUGUAGGGCAACAAAUCUAAUACUAUCUCGUAGCUACUGUAGGGCACCACAAUCUAAUAUUAUGUUGUAGUUACUGUAGGGCACCAAAUCUAAUAUUAUGUUGUAGCUAUUGUAGGACGCCAAAUCUAAUACUAUUUUACAGUUACUGCAGGGCGCCAAAUUUAAUAGUAUGUUGUAGUUACUGUAGGGCACCCAUUAAUAUAUAAAUAGACAAAUCUGAGCCUGGUUUAUAAUGGCGCGAAUCUUCAAACUCAAUUUUCCAUACAAAACUAUUAGUUUGAUCUAAUUUGCCUUGUGCUAAACUACCUGGUUCAUCUAUCAAGACACAUUUCAUGUCCACUCUUGUCCAGGCCACGCAUGACUGGUUUACUUAUUACAAAGUCCCGGACAAUAAACCAGAAAAUCAAUUUGCUUUCAACGGAGAAGCAAAGGGAAAGGUAUGUUGCUUGUAUUGGUGGUAUGCUGGGUGUAUUGAUGGUAUGUUGGUUGUAUUGAUGGUAUGCUGGUUGCAUUGCGUGUAUGUUGGUUGUAUUGAUGGUAUGCUGGUUGUAUUUAUGGUAUAAUGUUUUAUUGACGGUAUGUUGCUUGUAUUGAUGGUAUGCUGGUUGUAUUGAUGGUAUGUUGGUUGUAUUGAUGGUAUGCUGGUUGUAUUGAUUUUAUGAUGGUUUUAUUGACGGUAUGUUGGUUGUAUUGAUGGUAUGCUGGUUGUAUUGAUGGGAUGUUGGUUGUAUUGAUGGUAUGAUGGUUUUAUUGACGGUAUGUUCCUUGUAUUGAUGGUAUGCAGGUUGCAUUGAUGGUAUGUUGGUUGUAUUGAUGGCCUGCUGGUUGUAUUGAUGUUAUGUUGGUUGUAUUGAUGGUAUGUUGGUUGUAUAGAUGGUAUGAUGAUUUUAUUGACGGUAUGUUGGUUGUAUAGAUGGUAUGAUGGUUUUAUUGACGGUAUGUUGGUUGUAUUGAUGGUAUGCUGGUUGUAUUGAUGGUAUGUUGUUUGUAUUGAUGGUAUGAUUGUUGUAUUGAUAGUAUGUUGCUUGUAUUGAUGGUAUGAUGUUGUAUUGAUGGUAUGGUGGUUGUAUUGAUGGUAUGAUGGUUGUAUUUAUGGUAUUUUGUUUAUAUUGAAGGUAUGUUGCUUUUAUUGAGGGUAUUUUGUUUAUGUUGAAGGUAUUUUGGUUGUAUUGGUGGUAUUUGCUACAUUCAGCUGUUUCUCUAAUUGCUAUGCUAUGUAUUACAGGUUAUUAUUUCCAAUUAGGAUUGUAAUUUUAACCUUUUUAUUUUUUUUUCCUUUCCGCCAUUGUAUAUGAAACACUCGAGUUCCCUUUCUCCACUUUGUAUCAUGCCAACACAAACACCUUGUAUCAUCAACAUCCUGGAGAUACCAGAAUGCCAUACUUGAAUGCUAUCCAUCUCACCUACGAGGAUUAAACUGCUGUAUAAGAAGAGUUUGCAAGACAUGAAACUACUGGGGAAUCGUACUGUAGUAUAAAGUGGUUGGAAGGGGAGUGUGGUAGGGUGGGGGGGGGGGGGUAAGGGCAGUCCGCUCCUGGUGGCACUUUUUGCUUUAUCUGGAGGGAUGGCAUUUUCGGCUAACUGCAGUUUUUUCGUUUCCGGAAAUUUGUUUGAAAGAAAUUUUAAACUACUGGGGAAUCGUACUGUAGUAUAAAGUGGUUGGAAGGGGAGUGUGGUAGGGUGGGGGGGGGGGGUAAGGGCAGUCCGCUCCUGGUGGCACUUUUUGCUUUAUCUGGGGGGAUGGCAUUUUCGGCUAACUGCAGUUUUUUCGUAUCCGGAAAUUUGUUUGAAAGAAAUUUCGUCGACGGAAAAUUGAUCGACGGAAAUUUGAUCGAAUCUUUUUUCCAGUUCACACGUUAAAGUUUUGCAUCAAUUUUUUUUUUUUUUAAGACAUUGUUUUAUUUAACUAUAUAGUUAACAGUAUAAUGCGUUCAAAAAGAAAGUUGAUGAAAAUUUGAUCGCGUGAACUGAAAAAAAAGAUUCGACCAAAUUUCCGCUCGAUCAACUUUCCGUCAAUCAAUUUUCCAUCGACGACAUUUCUUUAAAACAAAUUUCCGGUAAUCCAGUUUUUUCAUGGAAGGGGGGGGGGCAACAAUUUUGCUCCGCCCCGGGCGGCACUAACCCUUGCUACACCCCUGACUGUGUACCUCGUGCUUGCAUACCAAGUCUCAGCCUUUCGAACAAGCUUUUAAUUCCUGCCUCCUUAUCUAUCGAGAAGUAGAUUCAUUUGUUUGAACACUGACAUUCUUUCACAAACGGUCUCAACAUGUGUUUUGUGUAAUCUCUAGGAUUACGCCUUGCAAGUGAUUCAAGAAUCGCACAGUCAGUGGCGUGCCCUCGUCAGCUCUCCUGGGAGUUCUUCGAUCUCCAGGUGAGCUUUUCGUGUUACCGUCAUAGUCAUAAACAUAGAGCUCUGUGGUAACAAUGUUAAACGACAUCUUCUGACCAACAUUUGUAGCCUAUGCUCCAGGUAGCUAAGGCGAUUGUGGUUCAUUUUUUCGCGAUUGUGAUUUUGUGUGUGACUAUCUCUUUGUUUGUUUGUUUGUUGGCUUUUAUUAUAGCUAUUUUUUACGCGAAAUAGUUCAUAGUAAUUAAACACAUUUCUAACUUAAGUAUUUUCAUUACAGUUCGACAAUUUAAAUAAAUGGAGGAUUUUUUUUAUUUGAAGUUUUUUUUUUGUUGUUUUUUUUUUGUUGUUUUUUUCCCCCUUCAAACUCUUCUUCUGAGUUUUUUGUUGGUAAAUUGUUCAAUUUACUUGUAUUCUAUUUACUAUAUCGAAAAUCAGUGCUAUUCAAAGUGGUGGUCCGCCAACUCUGGAUCGUUACACUGCAAACGUCAACGGUCUAGUUGUUUUUAGGGUUGGGGAUAGGUCUAGUUGUUUAGUGGUCUAUUUCCGGACAGUCCGUCAUACUAAAGAAAAAAAAAAGAAAAAGAAAAAAGAUUUUCCCUUCCUGAUAUAGUAAUUUAACUCUCUCAGGAACGGUAAUUCUAAUUUUGAAAUACUGUUCCUGAGUAAAAAGUAACUCAGGAACAAUAAUUAAAAAAAUGAGAAUUACUGUUCCUGAUAUAGGCCAACUAAUUUAAAAUUUAAAAAAAAAAUUUAAAAAAUGGAAGAGUUGUGAAUUUAAAAUAUCUUUAUGUAACAUGAUUAUUUCAUGAAUUUAAUGAUUAAAAAUAUUAUAUAUAUAUAUUUUAGAAUCAACACAACUGUUACAAACAGCCCCCAUAAAAUCAAUAAGUUCGAAGCACAGCAGAUCAUUGAACGUGUAAGUAUUCACAGCCAAACUUAUUGUUAAAUUGAUGGAAUCUACUAUGACUAUAAUUUUGUUUCAAGUUAGAGAUUUUAAGUCGUUCUCAAAUGCUAAGUUUAAAUCUUGUACACAUUUUUAUUCGUUUUAUUUGUAUUUUUAUAUUUAUAGAGUUGUGCAAUUCUUUGUUUCAGGCUGCAGUACAAGAGAUUAGCCAAGAAG